GUAAACAAAACGCAACAAAACAAACGUCGACGAGCGACGCGACGAGCCGUCGAACGUCGAAUGUCGAUUGUCGAAACGAAGCCCACCCUAACCUAACAAGAAGACAGAAGAAGACGAAGCCUGAAGACGAAAGCUAAGAUAACACUAAAUGCAGUUGAAUUAAAUACGUGAAUAUGACAGAAGAAAGGUUGGUAACAGAAGUCCCAAGUAGUUUGAAACAGUUGGCGAGACUGGUUGUCAGAGGGUUUUAUACAAUAGAAGAUGCUCUGAUCAUUGACAUGUUAGUACGAAACCCCUGCAUGAAGGAGGACGAUAUUUGUGAGCUUCUCAGGUUUGAGAGAAAACAGCUCCGAGCACGCAUAUCUACAUUAAGAAAUGAUAAGUUUCUUCAAGUUCGGCUGCGGAUGGAAACUGGGGCGGAUGGGAAAGCCCAGAAAGUCAACUAUUACUUUAUCAAUUAUAAGACAUUUGUUAACGUAGUCAAAUACAAGUUGGAUCUGAUGAGGAAACGUUUGGAGACAGAGGAGCGAGAUGCAACGAGUAGAGCGAGCUUCAAAUGUCCCCAGUGUCAUAAAACCUUCACUGAUCUUGAGGCAGAUCAGUUGUUUGACUUCGCCACAGGAGAGUUCCGAUGUACGUUCUGUCGUGAGAUCGUAGAGGAGGACCAGUCAGCUUUGCCUAAGAAGGACUCCAGGCUGAUGUUGGCCAAGUUCAACAGUGUGAUGGAGCCUCUGUACGAGCUGCUGCGUCAGGUGGAGGGCAUCAGACUGGCGCCUGAGGUACUCGAACCAGAACCAGUCGACAUCAAUACUAUCAGGGGGCUGGACCCCAAGAGGCCGGGCACAGGCUUGAGGCCGCCAGGGGAACACUGGUCAGGAGAGGCCUCACGAGGGGGAGGCUUUGCUGUCCAGGAGGCUAGAGUGGAUGUCACCAUCGGAGAGGAGGAGAACACUGCGGAAGUGGCCAAGAAGGAGAGGCCGGUCUGGAUGGUGGAGAGUACGGUCAUUUCCAAUGAUCAACAGACAGAUGACCUGGUGGGAGCCAGUGCGGAGGCAGAGCGGGGGGCAGCUACUGGAGGCGGGGCCAAGUCAGGGGGUGAGGACAUCAUGUCUGUACUGCUGGCACAUGAGAGGCGGGGCAGCACAGCCCCCGGGGCCGCAGCCAAGGCCAUCCUGCCUCCGGACAGUGGCUCGGAGAGUAGUAAUGACGAGGACGACACUCUCAGGGACAUUAAUGUUCCAUCUCCAGAAUUGGAAACUCUGGAUUCAGACGAAGAUGAUCUCAUUCCAGUCGUUACUGUAGGAGAACGAACUGUCCCGAUAACUGAAGUUGAUGACCAGCUGAUACAAGAAAUGUCACCUCAUGAGAAGGAAACUUACAUACAAGUCUACCAAGAAUACUACUCUCAUGUGUUAGAUUAGAUGUACAGAAUAGAUUUAACAUCAUGUAUAUAUUUUUAAUAAACCAUUUGGUAUGUAUAAGUACAUUUUAUGUUGAUAAAUUCAUAGUUCACCUUGUAACUUGGCUAUGAAUGUGUUUUACUCAUGUUCUUCAACAGAUAAUGCUACAACAUUAUAUUUUACUGUUUACAGUAUAUCAAUCUAUUUCGAAGUUUCUUGAUUUUUUUAAAUUGCAAAAGAUACCAGUAUGCCAGCUCUAUGUGUUUGACAACCUAAUCAGGAGUAGUGUUUUUUUUACAGACAUUGGUUAUUCUAAUCUUUAAAAUCCAAGAAAUCUUGUUGUGUUGUGUGGUUUUUGUGGUCAAUGUUAGUUCCAUAGGAUUUUUAGUUCCUACAAAACCAGUCUUAAUCACAUAAAAACCUGGAAAUCAUAUUUCCUUGUUUAAAACUUUGGUAGUAUAUAGGGUAAUUGUUCUUAAAUUUAAUAGUGUGACCCUAAAUUAGUUUGCAGUCUACACAACGUUUAAAGAGAUUGAAUAUUUUAAGCCCUCCCAAGUUGUGCUUAUCUAAGUUCAGGAAAUUUCUCAAAGAAAAUGUCCACUCUUGUAUUUAUAUUGAACUCCAAGCAAUCAGCAAAAUAUUUUUCUCUUUUCCCCAAAUAAGAUUUGUAAGUGUUGUCUCGUAAACAAGUUGUAAUAAGUUGUGUAUUUUUUUUUAUUUCCAAAAAUACAAAUUUACAAAACACAUACAACUCAGCCACAAAAGCCAAUAUGGCUUGUCUGCAGCAAUUAUUCUAAUUUUUGUUAUUUCACAGUGCUUUUUUAUUCAAUCAGUCUUUUGUUUCCCUUGUUUUUUCUGUAAGAAUUCAAUAAUAUACCAAAUCAAUCAUAGAAUUUAAAGUAGUCAGAUUUAAAAAAAGUCAGUGUAUAAAAUCAUAGCAAAUUAACAGAAUGAAAAAUGUUUUAACACCUCAAAUAAAUACUUAGAGGUAAAAAAUUCAGUUUAACCUCUUUAGCAACUGCAAAUAGAAGAGAAUUGACUGUAAAUAUUCGCACAAACCUUUUAAAUAUUCAAAUAUUCACUAAAACUAGGGAGCACUGUUUACCUCAUACAUAAAGAAAAGCUCAACUUUUCCUAACGAAUCGUUACUACUUUUAUUUAACAUACAUUACCAUUAAAAUUUUAAAUCUUCUCGGUUUUGUCACAAGUAUUGUUUUUUUUUACUUUGCUAAAUAUUAUUCUGAAUUAAGAACAGAAUUAAUGUUACAAUAAUGUUGUUAACUAAACUUGGAUUCAAACAUACUUCAAAUGUCCUUAUUUGAAACUAAUUAUUUGGACAAUUAAAGUCAAACAAUAUUCCAAGCUUUGAAUUUUUACAAUCUUUAUUCUUGACCAGAAAUCCUCAUAUGAUUGAUUGCUUAUAGAAAAAUAAAAGUUAUAAAGCUAUUUACUUUGCUUUGUUACCGGCUAAAGCCCCCCACACACGGGCAAGCAUGUUCGUGAGCUUGCUCGUGAUGGUGUUGGCGACGAACAUGCUCGCCCGUGUGUGGAAUCUGUCGCGGCGAGCAUGUUGGGCUUUGGCGCUCGGCUCGUCGGACUUGGCGAGCCCGAACACAAACAUGCUCGCGAACAUGCUCGCCUGUCUGUGGGGACGACCAAUAUGUUGCAAUGGCGACCAAGUUGCUCGCCAUUGCAACUCAACCACAGUGGGUAGAAAUAAGGCUAAAUGAUUUCAUCGAUGUAGCCGCUACUAUGAUUCUAGUUACACUCGUGGACUCAUUACAAGUAACACCAUUCCGAUUCCAAACGAUUACUUCGUUACCGCCAUUGCAAAGUAUUGAUGCAAGGUGUUGAUACUCUGAUGUAUUCCAAUUACAGUAAUAGAUUUAGAAUCAAUGUUUACAGAAGCUAAACAAAUAUUUAUUUGUGUUGGUAACGCAAUAAAUACAAAUUUAAAUGAGUUAAAUAAGAAAGGCUAGAAUAAGCAAAACCACAAGAAAUAUUUUUACAUAGUGAUGGAAUUUUAACCAACAUUUUUAAAACCAUAAUCCGAUAACUUAAGGCCUGGUACACACGGUCAUCACCCCUGAUUUAUUUCUGAGAAAUAAUGCGUAUGUUGCAAAAAACUAAAUGCUGUAAUUGCAGCAAAAAAGCAGGCGCACACGUGGCGAUUUUUUAGUUGAAAAAUUAUUUUUUCUGAGUGCGCUAUGGCUUACUUUUGCUUUCUUCUUCCAAACAAACUGCACCACCGCAAAUAGCCACAACAGCAUUAGCAUCCAAUAAAAUUUAAUCAAAAUAAAGUAAUUAAAUAUUUAAUAAAUAAAUACACACAACUUGACUGUCACGUGCACAAGAGAAGCAAGAAUAGGCCUAGGAACCGCUACCGAGCCACGAGCAUGAUCGUCCGUCAGUUGGAAACGCCAAGCAUGUUCGCGAGCAUGCUUGUCCGUCUGUUGACAACGCCGAGCAUGUUCGCGAGCAUGUUUGCCAACAUGCUUACGAACAUGCUCGCCCGUGUAUGAGGGGCUUUAGAUCAACUGGUUUAUUAGUCAGGAUAAUUUAUUUAAAGCCCAAUGAUCAGGAACAGCUUGGUCCAUUUUUGAACAAUCUACUGACUUUUCUCAGGAUCGAACCGGGGACCUUUUGAUUGAUAGGAGAGCACUAUAACCACUCAGCUACCCAAACCUACCUUCUAAUUGGCUACUGGUAUUUAUUCUAACACAUAAUUUAAAUUUCAAAUUUGGAAGUACCUGCCAACUCAUUUAACUGUACCUAGCUUAUCUAACUUCAAUAAUAAUUUUUUAAUACAUAUAAAUUUAACUUACAACUUAAAAUUAUGGAACACGUUUUUCUUUUCUCAUUAUUUACCAACUAGCCUACUUUUACAAGAUGAGUUAUCAAUUUAACUCCAAAAUUAAUUGUAAGUAUUUUAUUUAAUUUAUUUUCAUAAAACCUCUAUUGAAAGGAACUGGUGGAGGUGGUUUUGGAAUAAAACUGAAUUAAAACUUUGCUAGGUGGAAACUUUUGAAAGUGCUUGGUUGUAGAUUAAUUGGUUCUUUUGAAAACUUUUAAUUUAAUAAACUACCCUCGACAGGCAGAAUCGUCUCUUAGAAAACUUUGAUGAGUUUUGCAAAUAUAAACUUUCUAAUUAGAUCUUUAUAUACACUUUCUUAUUUGAUGUAUAAUCAUAAUCAUUAAGAAGCUAGUUAUUCAGAUAACAUAUUACAGUGUACAGUCAA